AUGGGGCAACGAGAACGGAACGCGCCCGUGGAAAAGCACUGCAGUCCGGUGUACUCGAGAAACCGGAAGAAGGAAAAGAAGAAGGCGGAAGGGGUGAAGCGAGAUAAGAGACAGGAGCUAGAAGUCGGUAGCCCGUGCCAUUUCACGAACAAUCGCAUUAAUAUUCAGGCUCGCGGAGGUCUUGAGGAAGGAGAAACUCGCAGUAGGCAGGCAGGCAGGCAGUCGGGCAGGCAGGCAGGCAGGCAGGCAGGCAGGCAAGCAGUCGAGCAGGCAGUCAGGCAUUCAGUCAGGCUGGCGGGCAAGCAGGCAAAGAAGGAGGACGACGGUAGCGAGACCAACAGGGACGAACUUGGAGAAGAAGAGGAGGAGGGUCAACUCGGGGAAGAUACCACCGGCAGAAGAGGAAACAACCGAAGGGGAGAGGGAACAGGGAGAAAAAAGGCCGAAAGAAAGGACGGGACCAGAGGUGGACCACACACACAUCGAGCGAACGUGACCGAGGCGAUCCAGGUUCAUAUUGUAAUGCGAAGGUAUCCAUCCUGCUGCAUUAUCGUACAGUCCGCGACAGCAACACGGUACUUCCGUGAUCAUGCUUUCCAGCACGAAACCGACUCGCUACCUACGGAAGCCUCCUCGAUCUGCUCGGUGACAGCGAACGAUAUACUACACGUAGUCCGUAUACUCGGUUCGACACCCCCUCGGGCUGCCAACUUUUAAAUCUCCGUCGUGCUUACCUUCGCGGACACCAGUUGCUCGCCGUCUGCAACGUCUCAUUUUUUCCUUGCUCGGUUUCUUUUUCAUUUGGAAACCCGAAACAAUGCUGACCCCCACGAAACGAAAUCCGAAAAAUCGCGUCGUGUUCGAGGCUCGCGAUCCACCGGAUCGAGUCGAUCUACGAGACAGAAACCCCCUGGUAGAUCCGGGGGAAUACCGAUUCGACCGAGCACGACUGUAC